AGCGUGCAUAUAUAUACAUAUCAAACAGAGACUCUAGUCAUCACUCACCUGUCUGGUACCUGAAGAACACUUCAUAUUUACCUGCUUCUCUCUUUUUCAGAUCUGUGAGCAUCCACCACCGUUCAUCAGCUUUCAUCAUGAAGAUUCUUCUGGUCCUCUCUGUUCUCCUCUGUGCUGCUCUGUCCACCAGGGCUGCAACAGUUUUUCCAGCUGAGGCUGCCGCAGUACCACAGGAAAACAAACCUGCACCAAAAUCAGUUGUUCCAGAUGAGGCUGAUGCAGUCCCACAGGAAAACAAACCUGUGCCAAAAUCAGAGAUGGAUGCUGAUACUGAUGUUGCUGAUAGCAGAGAACCUGUUCAACCUCAUGCCCGUUUUGAUUUCUGCCUUGAUGGUUGGCAUAGUUUCCGUGGUAGCUGCUACUACUUAGCCAACUUUAAUUAUCCCUGGAGCAAUGCAGAGCGCUAUUGUGCCAGCUUUGGUGGCAGUCUGGCUUCAGUCCACAACAUCUUGGAGUAUAAUUUCCUCCAGCGUCUGGUCAAGACUGGGGGCCACACUUUGGCCUGGAUUGGAGGUUACUAUUUCCAGGGUUUUUGGAGAUGGGAAGACGGCUCAGUGUUUGACUAUAGCAACCCGGGAUCAAUGAGCUCCACUGCCAGUUACCAGUGCCUACAGGUCAACUCUCAAACGUCCAAGGGCUGGUCCAAUAACGGCUGCAGCACAAGCUACCCAUUUGUCUGCCAGAUAAAUCCAACCUGCUAGACGUAACAGUGUGUGCAGUGCUCCUCCUGACUUCUACAGAUGAUACUUAAGCUGCUGUUUGUUCUUUAUAUGACUGCAUGUCACUGUCAUGAUUUAUGCUGGACCAAAAGUAAUCAUACACAUUAUUGGUUGAUG